GUGCGGGGCUGCCGGUGGACUCCGGGUACCUCCGCUCCUGCCGGGGGUGUGGGUGCAGGUGGCCAUGGAUGAGCGGAAGGCGGUGAUAAAGGACACGGACAUGCUGGAGGAGAUGCAGGAGCAGGCUGUGCAGUGUGCCGUUUUGGCCGUAGAGAAGUACAGCGUUGAAAGAGAAAUCGCUGCCCUUAUAAAGAGGGAGUUCGAGAAGAUGUACAGCCCCACUUGGCACUGCAUUGUAGGAAGGAAGUUUGGCAGCUACGUGUCUCACGAGACCAAGCACUUCAUUUUCUUCCUGGUGCGUGGCCUCAAUGUGCUCCUGUUCAAGGCUGGGUAGCAGCUAUUGCUGGCAGCUGCAGUGCUGUGCAGGCUGCAGGUGACAGCACAGUGCUUC